AUGCAAGCACCCUCCAUCAGGGCCCGCCAAUACGUCCCCCCAACCGGCCAAUCCUUCACCACCCUCCGCUCCCUCCGUCUCAACCACACUAGCUCCCUUUCCCCUCACCCCAACGCCCCCUCCCUCUCCAUUAUCCACAGUUCCCCCCGCCUCGCCAUCGGCCAACGCGCCUUCCUCGUCCACACACCCGCCGGCAACAUUCUCUAG